UUCUAUGUCCUAUGUACUGUGGGAGACCAGAUAUAGUGAAUGCAGGGUCCGAGGAGACCAGAUAUAGUGAAUGCAGGGUCCGGGAGACCAGAUAUAGUGAAUGCAGGGUCUGAGGAGACCAGAUAUAGUGAAUGCAGGGUCCGAGGAGACCAGAUAUAGUGAAUGCAGGGUCCGAGGAGACCAGAUAUAGUGAAUGCAGGGUCCGAGGAGACCAGAUAUAGUGAAUGCAGGGGUCCGGGGAGACCAGAUAUAGUGAGUGCGGGGUCCGGGGAGACCAGAUAUAGUGAAUGCGGGGUCCGGGGAGACCAGAUAUAGUGAAUGCGGGGUCCGGGGAGA